AUGUCCUCAAACAUCGCACGAGCUCUCGUGGUCGGCGGUACGAGCGGCAUCGGUUAUGGCAUCGCCUGUCGCAUCGCUCAGGAAGCCAAAUCAGCCACCGUGAUAAUCAGCGGCCGUACUAAGCCGUCGGACAUCCCUCACGCCAACAUCGAGUUCAGAAAGCUGGACGCAUCCUCCAUGAGCGCCAUCAAGACGUACACAGACGCCUACAAGUCAUCACAGGAGCCCAAACUCGAUCUGCUGGUCUUGACCCAGGGCAUCAUGACCAUGACCGGGAGGGCUGAGACGCCAGAGGGCAUCGACCGCAAGAUGGCGCUCCACUACUAUGGACGACAACAGCUCAUUCGCGAGCUACUGCCUGCCCUGCAGGACGACGCCAAAGUCCUCAUCGUGCUGGGUACCAUGGGGAGCCCAGACAAUUUGAACUGGACAGACCUGGACCUCAAGUCAUCCUUUGGCGUGUCCGCUGCGGCGCAACAUUGCAUGGCUAUGAAUGAUGCCAUGAUUCAAUACUACGCUGAACAACAGAAGCAAACUGGCAAAACACGCCACUUUGUACAUGCGAGCCCUGGGGUAGUCAACACCUCCUUGGGCGGUGAGCUACCAUGGUACCUGCGCGGCUCGGCACGAAUCUUGUCCACUCUUCUGGGGGUCUCGCCUCAAGUCUGUGGUGAGCGAAUGCUCAAAGGUACAUACGAAUGUGCAACAUUGAGCGAGAAGCAGGGCAGAUAUUGGAGCUAUAUGGAUUCCAAGGGCAAACCUGUGAAGAACAAGGCUUCCUGGGAUGAUGAACAGACACAGAAGGUGGCGAGUCAUACCUGGAAGCUAAUUGAUGGUGUGAGCAGCUCUUGA